AUGGACCACGCCGCGCAGCCCGCCGGCGGCCCGCGGAUCCGCGUCACGCGCGCGUUCUCGCAGAUCGAGGAGCCGGCCACGCUGCAGCAGCUGCAGGACAUCCUGGGACCGGCGCCCACCAAGACGCUGGACGUGCGCCGCCUCGUGUCGCCCGCGCGCGCGCCGGCGGCGUCGGUGCCAGGGCCGCCGACGUCUCCGGCGCGGCCGUCGCCCAGCGCGCAGCCCGCGGAGCUCAAGAAGCAGCCGGCCAAGUCUCCGGCCAGCAACAGCAACAGCAGCAGCGCCACCAGCAGUCCGCAGUCCGCUAACACGCGCGCGGGGAGGCCAGGCUUGCCGCCGCGCAACACGAGCGCCGGCAGAGAGGACGCGGGCGAGAGGCGGCGUAGUGGCGCCCGCGCAGACGACGCUGUGGGCUUGCGCCGCAACGCCAGCAUGGGAUUUGGUCACAAUAAAGCGGCUGCGGAGCCGCGCCGCGGCUCUAGCGAGUGGGCGGAGACGGCGGCGCGCCUCAGCCGCCGCGUGCAGGAGCUGGAGCGCGAGAACUUCCGACUCAAGAACGGCAAGGAGCCGCCCAAGUCUUUCGCCGGCGGAGAGAUCGGCGCGCUCAGGUUAACAGCUGAGUCGGAUGCCGGCGAGACGUCCGAGGACCAACAACAGACGCGGCGCGCGACCUUGAACAAGUCGCGCAGCUGCACCAAUGGCUUCGGCUUCACGGGCCUGACGGUGGCCGAGGCCGCCGCCGCGUCGCACCGCUCGCGCACGAGGCGCUUGGCGUCCGCGGCCAAUGCGACGGAGGCGGCGGCCAAGCUGCGCUCGGGCUACUGGAACGGCGCCAACAAUGUCAAGAGCAGCUUCAGCUGCAACAACCUGGCGGACCUCGAGCAGCCCGAGUUCAUGCUUGAGAAACUGCGCACGCUGCCCCCUCCUGCCGUUGCAGCAUCCAGUACGAAGGCUAACGGCGCGAACAAGAGCGGAACAACAGCGCCCGUGUCAGCCACUACGGCUCUGACGAAUGAGGUCUCCUCGCGCAAGAGCGACUCGUUCCAGCGCACGAGCUCCGAGACCGAAGAAGACAUCGCCAGCAUGCGCUCGCAGCACUUCGCGCUCAAGUCAGCAGGGCGGAAAACCUCCUCCGUGGUGGCGCAGCAGAGCUCGGGAUUAAGUUUCGAUGAAAGCUUUGAAGAGGCGGAGAAGCCGAUUACGUCACCGCGGUCGUACUUUGAGGCGGGGCUACGAGCAGGGAGCUUCUCGUUGCCUACUGCGUCCCCAGGAUUGAAGGCCAGUAAGCGGACAAGUGUACGAGACGUGAGGAUGUGGGUGGGCACGUGGAACAUGGGCGCAGCAGACCCGUUUGAUGAUGGUAAAGGGAUCAUCGACGAGCAGCGCUCGGCGACAAUGCUGCAGAACUUUCUGCCGCAUGGGUAUCAGUUGUAUGUGCUUGGAGUACAGGAGGGCGUGUCGGAGAAUGUGUAUCACGCUGUGGAGGCGUAUUUGAACCGGAAUGAGCGUGGGGCGCGAUACUACCGCAUGGAGCUCAAGAACAGCAACUUUACGGUGAACCACAAGAAUCAGCCUCCUGAUGCAGUGAUCGAUGCGGUCCACGGUCGUGGUGACGGAGCUUUCGUGGGCACCAAAUUCACAGGCAUGGCCGUGUUCUAUUGCGCUGACAUUCAGGACAGGAUCAAGUUGAUUCGAGCGGGUGCGCAUAAGUUCAAGCUCACGAGUGGCUCAAAGGGUGGCGUCGCUGUGGCGCUCAUGAUUAACCACACUACCAUUGUGUUUGUGAACUGCCACUUGGACGCACGGAAUGAUACGUACCGUCGCGAGCAGAUCCGGAACUUGAACGCCAGCCUGGGACGCGUUAUGGGCCACUACAGCUUUGACCUGACCGAGCAGUUCCAUCACGUGGUGUGGAUGGGAGACACGAAUUACCGCAUCGUGUUGCUGGACCCGCAGAUGGUGCUUCACAUGCUGGAGGAAGGCCGCAAUCUCGAGCUGCACGACAAGUUUGAUGGCUUAUUGAAUGAUCGCCGCAACGGGGGCGUCUUCGAGGGCUUCACGGAGCCGCACAAGUUCCCAGACUUCUAUCCGACUUACAAGAAGUUUCCCAAGCGUGGAGUCGUUAACGAGUCGUUGCCUUUGUGGCCUUCACUCGUUUGGCGCGUGCUGUACAAAGAGCCAUUUUAUAAGGGAGGCAAAGUAAAGAAGCGUGUGCCCGGCUGGUGCGAUCGAAUCCUAAUUCACUCGUUGCUAGUUAGUGACUCGAAGCUGAUUCCCGAGAAGGUGCUUGACCCGACUUCCCAAGAGCAGACGCCGCGACUAAUCGACAACUACAGGUCCGUCAACCACGGCGUCGGUAUGGAUGUCAGCGAUCACAGUCCAGUGUACGGAACCUUUGUGCUUAGUUUCCUGCAGCACGACAGCGAUGUCCUGGCGUCAACAUCCCCGCGAAGGCUUUCACGACGGAACUCGCGAUCCUAUUCUACGGCUAGCGGCAAAAGUGAAGGAGACAGGUAUUCAAACGCGGCGGCUGGGAGUCAUUUCGACCAGGCUCGCGUUGUCCGGCAGAUGAAGGCGCAGAACCGCCCCGUGUCAACCGUUCUGCGCGUGUUCAAUAUGCAGUUGAUAUGGAAUGACACCAACGUGGUGGUACCCAAGAAGACCCGCAUCGUUGCGCCCUUGGUUGGGGAAGACUCGAAGCAGUGCGACGUCAUCGGAGAGCGGUGCCACGGCUCCAAUGGGCUGAACCUGUCGCUCAACGCUGUGAUCCAGCACUCGCGGCCUCUGGAGCAACUACACAUGCUGGUCUGGGUGAAGAACGAGUCGAUCAACGGGCACUGCACAUUAUCACUCAAGCGUAUCGCGCGUCAGGAAGAGGAAGGCGAGGUCAGGUUCCGCGUGCCGCUCUAUAACGACUCGAUGCGGGUGCACCUGGACGGGCACCCGCUGCUGGUCGUAUUCUCGGUUCGAAGCAAGACUUUCGCCAAGUAA